AUGGGGGCCACAUCCAUCCAUCCAUCCCAGAGGCGCUUUUCUUGUGAGCCCUGCAGGAAACAUAAGUCGAGAUGUACGCGAAUGCAAGAAAAUGCCGCUAAAUGUACUCGGUGUAUGGUGCUUGGUGCAGAGUGUACUAUUGGACAACAGGGGAAAGUUGGCAGGCCGAAGAGAGCGGCGGUUUCUGCCCUUGGUGCACCCAAAAAGCCAGGACUAAAGUCACGGCCAAGCAUCAAAACGUCUCCAAGUAAAAUAUUCGAGCCGCAGAGCCAGCUUAACUCUUAUGGAAAAUCCCAGGAGACUCCUUCGUUCCUAGAGGUCUAUGACCGGCCCGGAGUCAGCCGAAUAGUCUCUCCAGCAGCCAUGCCAAUACCAGCACCAUCUCGGGUGACAGCAGCAGAUGAUGCAUUCUUUCUCGCACCAACAAGGUCGACCGCUGGAAUGCCUUCGUUUUAUCAUGACUCGCUCACUGGGAAUGUUGGCCAUACCUUUGAUCGCGACUUUCUCUUGCCCGACUUCGAUUCGACCCUCGACUUCACAAACACAGGUGUUCACUUGCUCGAUCCGGCAGCUAUUAGCAUCAAUUGCGCUCCAGAUACUCUGACAAUACUGGGACGAGUCAAUGCGGCGGGCGAUAUUGAUAACUCAGACGCCAUAAGCAAACUUUCUAAGAUUAACAUCGACUUACACAUCCGCAUCACAGCCACUGAAAGGAACAAGGCGAUUCUAGACUUGAAUAGCAUCCUCUACCGAGAGAGCCCGUUAUUUAUUCACAAUUACACAUUGGCCGAGUUCAUGUUGAACACAUCGGAAGAGUUCUUGCAGAUACUGAAGCGGCUCUGCAGCUCACAAAAUCCAUUCCCACUGCCGUUGCAAUCCCCCAUUGGUAACCGACAUAAUCCGACUUCCACCUUUUCUUUGACCUACCCCUUCGCCGCCGCGCAACCAUUGCUAGCUCCUCUCUCCCUGACCAUCACAAGUAUCUUUAGCCAGCUCAUUUCUCUCUACGAGCUGUUGCUUGAGCACCUCACUGCCCGCAUAGCGCGACUCGCCAUUGACCCUAUCGCCACUAUCCCAGGCAUCACCUUUGGAGGGUUGCCCCUAGAAAACCCAUGCAUACAGGGUCUACUCUUCUGUAACCUUACUGUUCACCGACUGGAGGGGAUGGAACGUGCUCUAGGCAUCAGUGAGACGCCGGAGGGGAUCGAUGUGCUUUGGAGUGAGUUAGACGAGAGGAUUGGUAUCACGCCUUGUAGUGGAGCCAUGCGACCCGCUCGUGUGAAGAGACUUCUUGGAAAAGUGGCUAUUAUAUUUAAGAAGCUCUCUUUGAGUACAUAGGUGGCAAUAUCUGUUGGCAGCAUCAAAUUGCCCGCUGGCCCUGGCGAGAACUUCACAACUUUGGAUUCCUCAUCUAAGAUCCAUUUGUACCGGUGAUUUGGAACUUUGGUGGGCACUUAUCCACUGCUCAACUACAUGAUUGGUGAUGGUAUACUCUGCAGCUUAUGCCAUUUAUUUAACCUUAACCCACUCAACAAAAUUUCAUCCAGCCUUAGUAUUCCCAUCUUACUAUCAGGCACUGCGGACUUAGAGCAAGAGAGGUGUAUUGAGUCCAAGGCAGUCCAGCCAAUGUUCACUCUGGUCAACCCUAUGGAUGCAGGGUGAUGACUUUAACCUGGACAAACUCCACCAACCCCCAGCGAGCGCCAAACCAACCUUAACCACUAUCCCC